CCUGGUCGGUGAUCUUUGUUUUGCGUCUACCGAGGCCGUAGUUCGGCCUGGAGGCUACAAAGCACGAAGUUCCCUGCUUCCCCGGAUCUUGCAGGCGUCAUCGCGGACCUCCCUGGCUUCUGAUUUGCUCGCGACGUCGCGUGACACGCUUGGAUUCACAGCCACGGAUCACCCGCCCACGUCAGACUAAACUUCGACCACGUUGACCGCCUCCACGAUGCCCGACUCGCUACGGCGCAACUAGGCAGUGAAUAAUGGGCACGGCAGUGGGGCACAUGGCACGAUGGAUGACUGGGGUAGUCUGGGGCGGAGUGGAGGUAGGAGCCCGGCGUAGCUGCUUGUUUAAUGUCGACGCUGCUCUUGCUAUUCACGCGCCAUCUCAGUCUUUCUCCUGGUUUUAAAGCUGUUAUGGCUUCCUGAGCUAUCCCUACUUUCUACACGUAACAUUCGAACAGUCGACUUCGAUCCUAGCAAUCAUGCUCUCCAGCAUAGUGCUUUUUGCGUCCUUGACGCCUUACACAUACGCUUUCUCGAUACCGCCGUUGCGUCAUCUAAACUUCCUCGGCGCGGCCGACACCCAGAAGCAACAACAACCGCUGCAUGAUUCACUCGAUGCGUGGAUACAGCAGGAAGAGCGGAUAGCGCUGGACAAGCUGCUGGCGAACGUCGCGCCGGGUGGGCAGAACGUCAAAGGAUUAGGUGUGGCGCCUGGCACUGUGGUCGCUAGUCCAAGUCAGGACGGACCUGACUACUGGUAUCAGUGGGUUCGAGAUGCUGCCAUCACUAUGAAUACCCUUGUUGAUGUUUACGCCGAUGACACGUCCUCGGAGCUCGGCGGCAGAGCCUCCAACAUCCUUGAUGCAUACACGUCCUUGCAGCAAACUAUACAGCGCACCUCCAACCCAUCAGGUACUUUCAAUGACCUCUCCGGGCUUGGUGAGCCGAAGUUCGAGGUAGAUGGUCAGCCAUUCACAGGCUCAUGGGGGCGACCUCAGCGAGAUGGGCCAGCAUUGCGUGCCUUGACUCUCAUUCAUUACCUGCGUGAAUACAAUGCCUCGCACCCCACUCUUUGGACGUCGUCUCAAGCGGACGACUUCUUUGCACCCUAUUACGAGGCUAGCAUGCCGCCCACCAGCGUCAUCAAGGCUGAUCUUGAAUACGUCAGCCACUUCUGGAAUCAGUCUGGUUUCGAUUUAUGGGAGGAAGUCGAAGGCUUGCACUUCUUUACGCUCAUGGUCAGCGCACGCAGUCUGCGUGAGGGAAGCCAACUUGCGCGUGUAUUCGGUGACCUUGGUGCAGCAGACUGGUACACGCUGCAGGCUGGGUACAUCGAGAAUCUGCUCACCAAGUUCUGGAACAAGCAGAAGGGCCACCUCGUUGAGACCUUGUGGAGUAAGAGAUCUGGUCUUGAUUGCGGACUCUUGCUCGGCUCGCUGCACGCACUUCCUGCCGCAGACUCAGACGACGAUGCAGUAUACCCGCCAUGGUCAGAUGAGGUACUCGUCUCCCUCCUGGCGCUGAGCACCGACCAGCGCGAUCGCUUCCCAAUCAACAGCAACCCAUGGUCGUCCGACGACGACGCAGAUGACGACGACGAACAGCCAUUCGAAGGCACAGGUCUUGGCCGCUACCCCGAAGACAAGUACAACGGCUACACCACCACUCACCACGGCAACCCCUGGUUUCUCUGCACCUCGUCUGCCGCGGAGAUCCUCUUCCGCACCGCCUCGCACAUCGCCGACUCCUCGAAACUCACUAUCUCGUCUACUGCGCUACCCUUUUACACCUCCCUGCUCGCAUCCUCUAGCCUCGACGUUAACGAAGGCACAUACGGGCCCAACGAUGCGCUCUUUCACUCUACCAUCGAGCGCCUUAGUACUGUAGGCGACCAGUUCUUGACUGUGGUCAGGAAGCACGUCGACUCUGAAGGCGGUAUGAGUGAGCAAUUUGAUAAGGAGACAGGGUUUAUGACCGGUGCGCGGGAUUUGACGUGGAGCUACGGUGCGUUUUUGCAGGCUGUACGCGCUCGCAAGUCUGUGAAGGGAUUGUGAAAGAUGAUGAUGGGAGCUCUGGGUGGUGAGGUGAGCUAUGAUGUUAUGAAUUACGAUAUCUGGAUACGUUUGGGAAGGGGCGGGAGCGUUAGACUGUGUGUUUGAUACCCUCGUACUGGAGGCAAUGGAGAUCCACUACUUUCGCUACGUCUCGUUCUUCCACAUGUGU